AUGCCAGCCAAUGGAAUACAGCAGAUUCUGAAGAUCCAGUUUGGCUUGAUCAACUGUGAUAACAGGUAUCUGACAGGAGAAGCAUUUGGUUUUAAAGUGUAUGCUUCAGCCCCAAGCCUGAAAAAAAAGCAAAUAUGGACUUUAGAACAAGACGAAGUGGACAGUUCAGUGGUCUACCUUAAAAGCCAUCACCUGGCAAGAUAUUUGUCUGCUGACAAAGAUGGAAAUGUAUCUUGUCAAGCAGAGAAGCCAGAAGAAGAUUGCCGUUUUACUGUCUCUGCCCAGUCAGAUGGACGGUGGGCCCUCCAUUCUGAUCCCCACAAACGCUUUUUUGGGGGAUCAGAGGACAAGCUGACAUGUUUUGCACAAACCAUAACUGAGACAGAGCUCUGGGCUGUACAUUUGGCAAUACACCCCCAAGCUAACCUUCUCAGUGUGAGCAGAAGGAGAUAUGCACAUUUGACUGCCCAGGAGGAUGAAAUCUCCACAGACAGCAACAUUCCUUGGGGAGUAGACUCUCUUAUAACUUUGGUCUAUCAGGAUAAAAAAUACUGUUUGAAGACAUGUGACAAUAGAUACUUGCGGAAUGAUGGGAAGUUGGUAAAAGAACCUGAUGAAGGGACUGGCUACACCUUGGAAUUCAAAGUAGGAAAGUUGGCCUUCAAAGACUGUAGUGGGAAGUAUUUGACACCAAUUGGACCCACAGGUACUCUGAAAUCUGGGAGGAGUUCAAAACCUGGCAAAGAUGAACUAUUUGAUUUGGAAGAAAGUCACCCCCAAGUUGUCUUUAUGGCUUCCAACAGAAGAUAUAUUUCUACAAGGCAAGGUGUAAAUGUCUCUGCUAAUCAGGAUGAGGAGACAGAUUAUGAGACUUUCCAGAUGCAAAUCAAUAAGGAGACCAAGAAAUGUAGUUUUCACACCAAUGCAGGCAAAUACUGGACUCUGGUGAGCCAUGGUGGAAUACAAGCAACUGUGACAGAAAUUGCUGCCAACACAAUGUUUGAUAUAGAGUGGCGAGGCAGGAAAGUUGCGCUGAAAGCCAGCAAUGGAAAAUACAUCUGUACCAAAAAGAACGGACAGCUAGCAGCUGUGGGAGACACUGUUGGUGAAGAUGAGGAAUUCAUACUCAAGCUGAUUAACAGACCCAUACUGGUACUGAGGGGAGAUCUAGGCUUUGUUUGUCACCAUAAAACCUCCAAUAUGCUGGAUGCAAACCGCUCAUCCUAUGAUGUCUUUCAGAUAAUAUUUAAUGACGGAGCCUACCAAAUUAAAGGUCAGAGUGGAAAGUUCUGGUACAUUUCUAGUAAUGGCACUAUUUGCAGUGAUGGAGAUAUGUCAGAAGAUUUCUUCUUUGAAUUUAGGGAGCACAAUCGUGUGGCGAUUAUGGGAAAGAAUGGAAAAUACUUGCGUGGUGAUCAAGCAGGAACCUUAAAGGCCAAUGCAGAAUCUGUAAAUAGUGCAACCCUGUGGGAGUACUAA